GAGAUCAGAAUGUGCAGAAUUUGGGCCUGAUAUGAGUUCUGAAGGUGCAGGAGUUGGGGCUGAUCUGAGGUGGGAAGGUGCAGGAAUUGGGGUUGAUCUGAGGUGUGAAGGUGCAGGAAUUGGGGCUGAUCUGAGGUGUGAAAGUGCAGGAAUUGGGGCUGAUCUGAGGUGUGAAAGUGCAGGAACUGAUGCUGAUCUGAGGUGUGAAGGUGCAGGAAUUGAUGCUGAUCUGAGGUGUGAAGGUGCAGGAAUUGGAGCUGACCUAAGGUGUGAAGGUGCAGAAAUUGGGCCUGAUCGGAGGUCUGAAGGUGCAGAAACUUGGCCU